UGGUGCGCUGUGUCCCUCGGACACAGCGGAUCACCGAUCAAUGGAAAGAGCCGAAGACGUCGGCUCGGUCAUGUGAUCAGCUGUGUCCAAUCACAGCUGAUCACAUCAUUCCUCAGAGUGCCCUGUAGAUCAGUGUAGCCCCAGCAGUGCCACCUGUCAGUGUCCAACAAUGCCAGCUGUCAGUGUUCAUCAAUGAAACCUGCCAGUGCCCAUCAGUGCCACAUCAAUGCCACAUAUCAAUGCCUACCAGUGCACAUCAAUACCACAUAUCAGUGCCCAUCUGAGCUGCCUUUCAGUGUCACUUACCAGUGCCACCUAUCAAUGCCAUCUAUCAGUGCCAGUCAGUGCCGUCUAUCAGUGCCAGUCAGUGACACCUAUCAGUGCACAUCAGUGCCGUCAGUGCUGUCUAAAAGUGCCAGUCAGUGCUGCCUAUCAGUGCCACCUAUCAGUGCCAUAUAUGAGUGCUGCCUUUCAGUG